AUGUUGGGGAAGACUUUCGCUUGCAAUCAGUCUCUCACACAGGCUGUGCAAGAAACGGUGAAUAAGAAGAAGAAAAAGGAUUGUCCUGAGACAAAGCGACCAUCAUCGUCAUACAUUUUUAAGGGCAUAGAACGUGAAGGUGACAGGAUAAGACAGGAUUUUAUACAUUUCAUAAGGUAUGAGAAUACAAGGAAGAAGAGAAUACAAGGAAAUAUUACAACCACUUAUUACUAUACUAGAAGACAGAUUUUGGCAGUUUGA